AUGACCGCCUAUCUCUGGUGUAAAUCUUGUUGUGCCGAUAAGUUUAAAGAGGACUUUUCAAAGUGGACUAGCGGUGAUGCGGCUCUAUAUGAAUUUAUUAGAACGACACAGCUGACUGCUACCAGUAACUAUGGUGUUAUGGAAUGGAUUCCUUAUGAUGAACUGCGAAUUACUGGAUACCUCUCUAGAGGAGGGUAUGGCGAGCUUCAAGCAUAUUAUGAAUGCGCAUCGAAUGCAAAUCAGAUAAAUCAUUGCUUCGGCAUCACUCGAGCACCAGAGACCGACAACAUAGGCCUAGUUCUUGCAAACGAGCGAUUUGGCGAUCUGGGCAACUAUGUUCGCACAGAACAUGCCAACUUGACAUGGCUAGACCGUGUUGAAUUGCUUUGGAAUGUGGCCGACGGUUUGCAAGCAAUUCACUCCAAUGGAUUAGUUCAUCGCGAUUUUCACAGCGGUAAUAUAUUGGUUCGCGGUCGUAACACGACUACAAUAGCUGAUCUAGGUUUAUGUCGACAAGUGGACAACUUCGGUAUAAUUAUGUGGCAAGUCGCUUCGGGCAAGAAGCCCUUCAGAGAUGUUCCAUACGAUACAUCCUUGGCCAUUAAACUUUGCAGAGGUACAAGACCACCUAUUAUGAAACAGAUGCCAGAUUGCCUCAAGGAGUUAAUGCAGCAAUGCUGGCAUGAUAACCCAUCCAUGAGGCCUACUUCAGCAGAGUUAAAGGAGAAAUUAUGGAAAUGGUUGUAUGACUACGAUUGUGAAGAGCAUAAACAGAUUGCACUUGCAACUAGGAGACAACAAAAAAGACAAAAUUCAGGAAAGAACACGGACGAAACCCAAACCGAAAGUUCUGAUUCACAAUCGACACAUCCGCAGGCACGAUAUUAUAGUACCUUAUUGCCUACACAAAAGUUACGUGAACUUAUAUAUUUAAUACUGACAUGCUACAUCCGUUAA